AAGCCCUUCGCGUGCCAGUGGAUCUUCUGCAACAAGGCCUUCACUCGCUCCGACGAACUCCAGCGCCACCUCAGAACGCACACGGGCGAGAAACGUUUCGAGUGCGUCGAGUGCGGCAAACGUUUCAUGCGCUCUGACCAUCUCAACAAACACGUCAAGACCCACGAGAACCGACGCGCCCGUCUUGCUUCUGCUUCUCCUGCCGAAGGUGACGACGUCGACGUGGAACUCUGCGAUGACGCCGUUGAAGACUGUGCGGAGGAACUUAUCUCUGUUACGCUGCCAGACUCUCCCGUGUCUGAAGCAGAGCUGCAGGAAGCUGAUAUUGACGUCGAAGAUUUGCUAGAGAACUCUUAUCUAUGUGGACAGGAUAACCACUUGUCGCAAUAUGGCUAUAUGCAAAACUUCCAGAUCUAA